UAGUAAGGUCAUGCGAUCUAUGUUGAUUUGGGUUAAUGGCGUUGUGACUCAUGUGUGGACACCGCAAGCAUCUGGGCAUGCAUGCAGCGAUAAUUACGCACCACACAGUCAGACAACGAAACAAGUUUAUCGAGAAUGAUCGAAGCUGAUACAGUAUAUGGAACCAAUUCAUGAACGUACUUUUAUGAAACAUGCCUAGGUGUAAAGUGCCAUACUCUGUGUGGUUGUUGAUCGACUUCAUUUGGUUUCUGGCUGCAGCUAUAUUGAUAUUUUCGGAUGUCGUUUUCGACGUUUUGACUUGUAUUAGGUAUUUCCGGGAAGGCUGGUACGUGGCAUUUGCUGUCAGCAUAUUGUUAUUAUUCCUACCAUCAACACUAAUUGGAAUCGCGGAUUACUAUAAUAUUAACAUCAUUGUCACCGAUAGGAGUGAUAAAGACGACUUAAAGAGAAAAGGUAAGAAAAGAAUUCGUAAAGAAGAUGUUUCCUGUGAACACAACAUCCGUUUGUCGGCCGAGACUCUAACAGCGCGACAAGUACGACCGGAAAAUGAACAGCAGGAAAUAUUGUUUAUGAAUUCGUCGCUUUUGACUCAAAAUUGCAGUGGAUCGCCGAAUUCUUUGGUCCAGAACUCGACUUUUGAACAUGACGUCGACCGUGACCUGGAAAAGUUUGCUAAUAUUAACCAAUCAGAGGCGCCCUUGGCCCACAGUGAAGGUGAGACGACCAGCUUGAUAAUGUUAGAAAAUCGGGACGAAAAUAAUUAUUCCCAAUCUCGGGCCGAUGUUUCUGUACAGACAGAAGAAGUUGACGGAAAAGGCGAGUGUAGGGGUCCAACAUACCUAUAUUACAGAUCAACGGCACUGCCACAGCAUUUAAGUAACAAUUUUUUGACGACAGCACCAGUAGUCCCACGUCAUGAUGGUAGGGAAAAUAACACAGAGAAUCCACCUACAGAACAGGCCGAGGGAACUCACCCGGAAGACACUUCUGAUGGUAGAUGCGAAAGCUUUAUAUGCAGUAGGCGUUUGCAUUUGUUAUUAAACAUAUGGGGAUUGCAGCUAGCAGUGUUCGGACGUCGGUUUCUACUCGCCGUCCGAUUCGGCCAACGAUGGUUUCGCUAUAUUCGUUUUAACUCGGAACAGAGACGAUUUCACCGUGAAAACGAAAGAAAAGUAGUUCGCGGGAAAGUCGCCUAUGAUUUAGCGGAGAACGAAGUGCAGCAACACUACCUGGAUUUGAUCAACGAAGACGAGGCUUUAUUGCCCUUAUGGAUAAUUGAAAGUUUGACGGAAUCGCUGCCACAAUUAUUGAUAAAUCUCUAUCUGAUUGUUAAAUACCGUCGACAGUUGUUAUUACAGUACAUCAGUGCUAGCCUGUCAUUCCUCACAUUAACUUGGGGUGUAACCAGUCCAGAAAAGCAAACGAAGGAAUGGAUUGUUUGCAAGAAUCUGCCCACUUGUAUUAACUGUUAUGUCAAAAGAGGUGCCGUGGCAUUACUGCCAGUAAAACGGGAUCAUAUCUAUGUCGACCAUAGGGUUAGACCAAUCGACGGACAAAGAUUCUACUUCGGAACGGACACAGUGUUCUGCGCAUGUCCGGAUAAUGUGCACGAUGCGGCGGUGAUUGAGGGCGACGAAGAUGUCAGCGACGAAUCCAAAUCGUGGGUGAAAUGUUAUGAUGCCGGGCGUAUUAGGGAUGGUGACCCUGCAUGUCAUGAACCAACAAGGGAUGGUGACCCUGCAUGUCAUGAACCAACAAGGGAUGGUGACCCUGCAUGUCAUGAACCAACAAGGGAUGGUGACCCUGCAUGUCAUGAACCAACAAGGGAUGGCGACCCUGCAUGUCAUGAACCAACAAGGGAUGGUGACCCUGCAUGUCAUGAACCAACAAGGCAUGGUGACCCUGCAUGUCAUGAACCAACAAGGGAUGGUGACCCUGCAUGUCAUGAACCAACAAGGGAUGGUGACCCUGCAUGUCAUGAACCAACAAGGGAUGGUGACCCUGCAUGUCAUGAACCAACAAGGGAUGGUGACCCUGCAUGUCAUGAACCAACAAGGGAUGGUGACCCUGCAUGUCAUGAACCAACAAGGGAUGAUGACCCUGCAUGUCAUGAACCAACAAGGGAUGGCGACCCUGCAUGUCAUAAACCAACAAGGGAUGGCGACCCUUCAUGUCAUGAACCAACAAGGGAUGGUGACCCUGCAUGUCAUGAACCAACAAGCCUAAAAACUGCUGACAUAAUUAAACUGGACAUCUCAUAA